GGAAUGGCAGAAGCAGGGCAGGAGUGCCCUAGGGGCCACACCAGGUCAUAUUCAUUUAUGCAUCGGAUCGCCUGCGCAGCCCCUGGGAGGCCCCUGGGUCUGCCACCUGCUUUAUGUUCAUGCUGUGCAGGUGGAUAUUUUUCCCUGGGAAGACAACACAGCAGGAGGAGAGGCCAGCAGGGGAGGGGAGGGAUGAUGAGCCCACUUGGGAAGAGGUGGGACUUCCAGGUUGGUGUCCACUGAGAGCUAGAAAUGUGGGUACUUGAAGACCAGAUCAGUGAUUGCUAGAUGAUUUGCUUCUAAUCCCACCUCCCUUUUCACAUUGAGGUUGAGCAACUUGCUCAAGAUUGCACAGUAAGCAGAACUUGCUCUAGAACCGGAGACUCCUGACUCCCAGACACAGUAUCACACAGCCUAACACAUGGCACACUGCCAGCCCUGGACCUCAGCCAGGUUGCUUGGCUAUGCUUCACUUCCUCCAAAUUCACCACAGCCCAUUAAAUUUUCCCUCUCUUGGGUGGCAGCUACUGUUUCGUUUUCCCCAAGGAGAAGGGCAGUCCUUCAGUCGCGUUGUUUUUCCUUUGACCUCCCUCAGUGCCACCCAGAAAACUCUAUUCUAAGAAGGUUCCACACACCCCUCCCCACUCCCUUCAGACCCUUCUCCAAGCAGUUGUUCACAUUGAUUCCAGUUGGCACAGGAAGCUCUCCUCCCUUCAAGGACCUUCUCAAUCCCACUGCUUUCCUGCCACCUCCUGGCAUCCAGCUUUCCAGGCGGACAUCAAUUUCCAGGAAGGUGAGGCUUUCUGUGAAAAGACUCCCUAGGCCACAGCACGUGAGCCUAGCUACAGCUGUUGGGGCUGGGGAGGUGGGAUGGGGAGCAGCACUCCUGAAGAUGAGGGUGAGGCCAAGGUCUUGGCCAGAAAGGACAGAGCAGGAAGCCCUGAAGGGCAAAGAAGUGGUGGGGCUCCUCGAGAUGAACAGGGACUGCUUCGGUGCCCUGGAUGACUGUGCCCAUAAUUUCUCAGAUUCUUCUACAGGGCCAAGAACCUUGAAGUGGGGGCAGCAGGGCCAAUGCCCUAGGAUUCCAGAGAAAUGUUCUGCUUCUUUCCUCCACUGUCCAGCUGUGCAAUAUUGGGGGAGCCCUCCCAGCCUUCCAACAGCAGCCAGCCCCCAAGGCAGAAUGGGAGUGAUGCUGAGGCCACCCCAGCUGCAAACUUCACCUUCUUCUCCUACUACCAGCACUCCUCCCCAGUGGCGGCCAUGUUCAUCGUGGCCUACGUGCUCAUCUUCCUCCUCUGCAUGGUGGGCAACGCCCUGGUCUGCUUCAUUGUGCUCAAGAACCGGCACAUGCGUACUGUCACCAACAUGUUUAUCCUCAACCUGGCCGUCAGCGACCUGCUGGUGGGCAUCUUCUGCAUGCCCACCACCCUUGUGGACAACCUCAUCACUGGGUGGCCCUUCGACAACGCCACGUGCAAGAUGAGUGGCUUGGUGCAAGGCAUGUCGGUGUCAGCUUCUGUUUUCACACUGGUGGCCAUUGCUGUGGAAAGGUUCCGCUGCAUCGUGCACCCUUUCCGCGAGAAGCUGACCCUGCGGAAGGCGCUGCUCACCAUCGCGGUCAUCUGGGCCCUGGCCCUGCUUAUCAUGUGCCCCUCGGCUGUCACACUGACUGUCACGCGCGAGGAGCAUCACUUCAUGGUCGACACCCGCAACCGCUCGUACCCGCUCUACUCGUGCUGGGAGGCCUGGCCCGAGAAGGGCAUGCGCAAGGUCUACACAGCGGUGCUCUUCUCGCAUAUCUACCUGGCGCCGCUGGCGCUGAUCGUGGUCAUGUACGCCCGCAUCGCUCGGAAGCUGUGCAAGGCCCCGGGACCCGCGCGCGCCGGCGAGGAGACGGCGGGGGAGGCCGGGCGGGGGGCGCGGCGCCGGGCCCGCGUGGUGCACAUGCUGGUCAUAGUGGCGCUGUUCUUCACGCUGUCCUGGCUGCCGCUCUGGGCGCUGCUGCUGCUGAUUGACUACGGGCAGCUCAGCGAGCCGCAGCUGCAUCUGGUCACCGUCUACGCCUUCCCCUUCGCCCACUGGCUGGCCUUCUUCAACAGCAGCGCCAACCCCAUCAUCUAUGGCUACUUCAACGAGAACUUCCGCCGCGGCUUCCAGGCCGCCUUCCGGGGCCAGCUCUGCCGGCCGCCCUGGGGCGGCCACCGGGAGGCCUACUCCGAGCGGCCCGGCGGGCUCCUGCGCACGCGGGUCUUCGUGGAGGUGCAGCCCAGCGACUCGGGCCUGCCCUUCGAGUCCGGGCCGAGCAGCGGGGCCCCCAGGCCUGGCCGCCUCCCGCUGCGCAACGGCCGCGUGGCCCACCACGGCUUGGCGGCGGAGGGUCCUGGCUGUGCCCAUCUGCCCCUCACCACACCCGCCUGGGAUAUUUGAGUAAGACACGGAGGGCAGGCCCCUGAACCCGAGGGCCCCGACUGGACAUGUGACACCUGGGCAUGCUAGCGGCCAGGUGCGGUGUUAGAAGAGGGUGCCGCUUGCCUCCCUUUCAAACACAAGGCAGUGGGCGGCUGCUGGUGGAAUCUUCUCCGCCACCUUCCCGUCAGAGACGGAGGGGAAAAGUUUCCUGGAAAUCCUUCUGCGUGUUAGGAAACCCUUCCGCUUAUUAUCUCACUGAAUUCUCACAACACUUUGGGAACAGGCGUUCUUUUCCCCCUUCUACAAACGUGAAACUGAGGUUGAAAGAGAUGAGGCUAGCCUCAACUCCCAGCUGUAAAUCCUAGAGGAGCCUGUGUGACUCCAGUGUCUGGAUGGUUUUUCCCAUCUCCAGCUGUCUCCAGAAUGGCCCCCGUAAGGCAGACCACAGUGAAAUAUGUAAAUCCUAAUUAGGCAGCUCGGAAGACUCAAAAACCAAAGCUGGCCUGUCCAUCUGAUGCUUCGUGUCCGGGUCCUGGAGUCCCGUAUGUAUGGCUGAAGCCACUCCCCUAACCCCUUCCCAGAAGAAUAUGGUAUGUCCUGUGUAGGUUUGUCUUGUUUGUUCCAAGAGGUGUCCAGGGCCAUUCUCUUCUCCCCAAAGUACCAUUAACAGGAUUUCAUGCCUGAGCAGCUGCCGAACAAGCCCUGGGGGAGCCUGUGUCAGUUGCAGGUACUAUGGGUCUUGCCCUCUGGGUCUGAGCCCAGAGAAGGGGUGUCUCUGUCCUUCCUCACCCCAUAGGACCCACCACCAUCACCCUGGCCCAUUGUGAGAUGAGGAUUCACAGUGUGACAGGCAGCAGCAAGGCCACAGGAAGCAUCAGUUUAUUUAUUCAUGGAAAGGCGGACAUAGCACCCACUUUCAGCCUUCAGAAACACAUCUCACUGAAACUAUAAGCACAAAGCCUUCCCCAAGAUCUUUUCCCCUGCUCCCUUCAGGGGACUGCAGGGGACGGAGUGGGGGCAGUUGGCCAAUCAAAGCUAGGUUGCCCUCUGGGGCCUCUGGGAGGACAAACACUAAACAUCUCCCCAGCAUGGAUAACUCGUGUACCCUAAAAAGGGGUAGGGACCAGGAGGGCCCUUGUUUGCCCUGGCUCUCACCCAGCACACCUGCAUCACCUUCCUUCCAGGUGAUAGGAGGAAUUGGGAUCGCCUUGUGAUUCUUGCAGGGGGCCAAUAAUAUGCAUUGACUGGAUAUUUCCCCUCAUCUCCAUAGAAAAUGCACUGUUGCCAGAAUUUUAUUGAAUGAAAAAAAAAUUUACAGGGCUCAGGGCAGGGAAUGUGGUUCUGAGGCUCCACUUGUUUCCGUAAUCAACACACAAUGACUUAACCUUGUUUACACCUAUACUAGAUGUGGGGGCAGAAGAAAAUUCCUAAGCCAUUGCACAGUGUGUUGUCCAAACAUGCCCCCAGGCACUGUCUCAUUUGAUCCAUACAGAUGAGGCUGCAGGAGCUGUUGUUCCCAUUUUACAAAGUAACUGAGGCUCAGUGGGACCAAGGUCAUGGGCCACAGAGGGAUAGGGUUUGGGUUAGAAUUUGUCUUCUGAUGGUUUCUUCCUAUGCCACUUCUUCCCUCUCAAGGAAGAUGGAUUGGGCAGAGCAGGGAGGAGAGAUGGAAAUUCCCACAAAGGCUUUCUGCCUGAUGGUGAACCAGAAUGCUCACGGAACCAGAAUCCUCACCCUCAAGCUCUUGAUCUGGGAAAUGAGAAUUUAUUGUGUUUACUCGUGGCAUAUCUGAACUGGGCUAUUUUGUGUAAACAGUAUCUAUAACCCAUUGAGCAGGCUGCCAAGGUCCAUCAUGACCCCGCCCUGGCCAAGGUGUCUGGGAGUGAUGGAUGAAGGUCCCAGGAAAGGGUGUGCCGUCCUGUCACUUAUUAGCUAGUGCAUGUGUGGGCCCCAUUUCUGGUGCUGUAUCAGUGUUAUGUGUCACAUAGGCCAGAGAAUUCCCAGCUGCUUGCUGUAAAGAACUCUGACUCCAGGCUCUAAAAACAGACCAGGGAAAGGGCGAUCUUAAACCCAAAU